UUCAAUCAGCCCGACGGAGGAGCGUCAGUGGAGGCAGACAGAGCGCUGCAGCUGUCGACACCGAGCGAAGGGAGUGUGUGGAGCGAAGAGGAGGAGAGGGGGGGAUAGACAGAGAGAGAUAGAUGCAGGAGAGAGAGAGAGAGAGAGAUGGGUGUUAUUUUAUUUAUUUUUUAAACGAGGAGCUGAGAUAGAGCGAGAGCCGCCGAGACGGAGAGAUGUGACUGCUCCUGGAGUCGUGGUGGAAUGAUCCGGAAAACAAGGUUUUCCAGCUCAUCGACGAGACAAACCUUCACUGCAGUCCAAGGUCAUCAAUAACUACAUCAGAGUGGGAGAACACUGCGACGGCUGAGAAACGCUCGGAAAAGUCCAGGGAUGGAGGAGAAAAUGGAAGAGAUAAAAAUGAGAAGCAUCCGGGAGAGGAGUGCCUCAGGUCAAAGGUUUGAGUCCAGUGCUGUCGUGAGGAAAUCGCACCGAGAUGCCAAACGUUGGAUUUUAAACGAAGCGGAUCCUUGGAUUGUUUUCUUGUUCUAGACGUUGGAAUACCGUGCUGGAAUCCAGCGGGCGACUCGGGAUUUUCCAGGUUUUCUUCAUCUAUAAGAGGAUAUCGUGGGAUUGGAAUUUCUUCAGCUCUCCGUUGACGCUGACCUACAUCAGCCUUCGAUUUUUUUUUUGAUGUGUGGAGGAGUGUGUGACACGUGGAUGGGAGUGGGACAGGUCCCAGCAGACAAAACAACCCACUCCCCCACCUUCCCAGUGCUGGGCUGACACACGCAGCAACACCUGAGGCCGAGCUCAAACACAAACACAAACACACACAUCUACACACGCGCAGUGACCUAAACCUGGAUAACAUGUGGAGCUGAUUCGGAUUAUAGAGGCGCACAGACGGAAGAGGUCUGUGGAUAGCCAGGCGAUCUACCAUGCUCGUCCCCCCACCCCUCCAUCCCCGCAGACAAACAUACCUGCCCCGCACACACCUCCACCCUAAGCAGGGAGCAGAGGGAUUCACCUUCUCUUCCUUCUUUUCUUCAUCCAUCCACUCUUUUUCACUUCUUCUCCCGUUUUCCAUCUCAUCGUUAUCCUCCUCAUCCCAUCUCUUGUACUGUGCCUGCCCGAGGACGACCAGGAGAACCUUUCCCGACUCCGUCACUUUCCCGGUGUUUCAUUGGCUGACACUGGUCACAUGCUGCCUGCUGCCUUCUCUGAUUGGAGCAGGGGAGACGUGGGGCGUGGUUUCGGCCUGUCCUUUCCACUGCGUGUGCCGAAACCUUUCGGAGUCACUCAGCACGCUGUGCGCCGAUAAGGGCCUCCUGUUUGUCCCGCCACACGUCGACAGGCGGACAGUUGAGCUGCGGCUGGCGGACAACUUCAUAACAGAAGUGGGCGGGAAUGACUUUGUCAACAUGACGGGACUGGUUGACUUGACUCUGUCGAGAAACACCAUCCACCAUAUCAGACCCAUGGCCUUCUCUGACUUGGAGAGUUUACGCUCUUUGCAUCUGGACGGUAACCGCUUGACAACACUUGGCCCCAAGGACCUUUCGGGUUUGAUCAACCUACAACACUUGAUCGUCAACAACAACCAGCUGGUUAAAGUCUCUGUUGAGACUUUUGAUGAUUUCCUGCUCACUCUAGAGGACCUUGACAUGUCCUACAAUAACCUCAGGAGGGUACCAUGGGAGUCCAUUCAGAACAUGGCCAGUCUCCACACUCUGAACCUGGACCAUAAUUUAAUAGACCACAUAGCAGAAGGAGUGUUCGGGGAGCUGUAUAAGCUGGCACGGCUGGAUAUGACCUCCAACAGGCUCCGAACCUUGCCUCCUGAUCCACUCUUUGCAAGGUCGCAGACAGGUGCAAUUAGUCCAACUCCCUACAAUGCCGUCAUAAGCCUAAACUUCGGGGGAAACCCACUCCACUGCAACUGUGAGCUGCUUUGGUUGAGACGACUUACCCGAGGUGACGACAUGGAGACGUGUGCCACUCCCGCACACCUGGCUGGAAGGUAUUUCUGGUCGAUUCCCGAGGAGGAGUUUACUUGCGAACCACCUCUCAUCACCCGGCACACACAUAAGCUGUGGGUGCUGGAGGGUCAGCGUGCCACACUAAAAUGCCGUGCCAUCGGAGACCCCGAACCGGUGGUCCACUGGGUUUCACCGGAUGAUCGCAUUGUUGCAAACUCAUCCAGGACCAGCUCCUUCAGCAACGGGACCUUGGAUAUCUUGGUGACGGUCGCACGGGAUGAUGGUGCGUACACGUGUAUUGCUAUCAAUGCAGCGGGCGAAGCUACUGCCGCUGUGGAUCUGAAAAUAAUCCCACUGCCUCACCGGGGUGGGGGCACUGGAAGCACUGGGGUUAACAGCGUUAACGCCAAGAACACCAGGAAUGUGACCAGCGUUUUACGAACUGACCCGGGCUUGUCGGAUAUAAGCACGGGGAAAAACGGAGGGAUUAACGGCGCUGCGGGACGAGGAGGAGAGGCAGACGAUGGGAGUAAGAGAGAUGCGGACGCUAAUGAAGGCGACGGUGGAAAGUUCUCUGAAGGGGAGAGGACUGAUGGAGGGAGCAUGGAGGAUGAUGAAGGGGGUGAGGAGGAGAGCAGAUUGGUUGGAGUACAAGGAGUAACGUCCACUUCAGCUCAGGUCCGAUGGGAUUUGGGACGUUUGUCUGAAGCCUACGUUGUCUGGAUGUAUCAGAUACAGUACAACUGCACCGUCGAUGAGACGCUCAUCUACAGAAUCCUGCCGUCAACCAGCGACCGUUUCCUGUUGAAGAACUUGGUUUCUGGCGUGGACUACAACCUGUGUGUGCUGGCCAUUUUUGAUGACUCAAUCACAUCAUUAGCUGCAACUAAAGUUCUGGGUUGCGCAACGUUCUCCACGAAGGAUGUUUACCCAGCAUGCCGCUCUCUUCAAGCCCACUUCCUGGGCGGGACGCUCACCAUAUUGGUUGGCGGCGUGGUUGUGGUCACUCUGCUUGUGUUUACCGUCGCACUCAUGGUUCGCCACCGUGUUUGCAAUCAUGGAGACCACAUAAUAUGUCACGGUGGCAACGCCGAGGCAGGAGGUGGAACCUGCUGUCAGGGCGGAGGAGUGGGAGGCGGGGAUAAAGGGGGGAACGGUGGUGGGUGCUACCAAUCAAAUGGCGCUGGGGAAAUGAUGAUGGUGGUCCUGCCCAAUGGUCUGCCCUCCAAAAGGGGAGGAGAAACGGGGAAAGAUAAGGACAAGGAGAAAGAUGCAGCAGAUUCAGCUUCCCCCGUCCCUCCAAAACUGCCUCCAAAGCCCAGGGCAAAGCCCAAAGUCAACCUGGAGCAGUUUUUAUCUGCUGGAGGGGUGGUUUCCACAACAACAGGAGCAGGAAGUGAGAUGGCGCUGGUAGUGAGGCAAAGAAAGGCAUUGCCGCAAAGCCUAGAGAGUGACAGAACUCCCCUUUACUACUCUCCUUCUCCUCCAUCCACACUGCCCCGACAGUCGCGUUCCAGGGAACGCCCGAAUCCCCGUCUGGAGCAAGAACUGACAAACCGAGCCAGUUUCUCCCUGGCUGCGCCCUUGAGAGACUCAGAGAUGUUGGACUGGAGAAUCACACCCAGAAGUAGGGACAAAUGGAACUCCUCGCAGGCUUAUCAGAGCCCGGGGUCCCCUCUAAGCCCCGCCUGCGGGACUGUUGGCAAACGGCGGCACUCCCUAGACAUGGGCUCCUCUGUCGCCCUAGCAACCGAUGCUGCCGCGACCGUUGCCAGGCGCUACGGUGCCGUAAAUUGUGCCAAGCGGUUGAGCGUGAUCUGGACGAGACGGAGCCAGUCGCUUCACGGGAUGCUGGUGCAGUGUGCGUCAGCAACGAGCACUACCUCUUCGACAACCAGCGACGAGGGUGAAAGCGGCGGGAGCUUCGGGGGCCAGGAUUUCAAACGGGGGUACAUCCACGCUUACAACACCACUAACUCUAACUCGAACACUGGAAUUACAGCUGGGAAAGCAAAAGACAGGAGUAAGGAGACGGGGCACGCCGAGGAUCUGGAGGAAAGCGUUGUAUAGUAGGUAUGGAAGAGAAUACGGAAAAAGGAGUGACGAGUUCUGUGACUGAAAAUUCAAAUAGGAUGUAGAUUAAAAAGGUGAAAUUUAAAGAGAGGAAAUUAAAUAUGAAGCAACUGUGCAUGGGAGCAGUAAGUUGAGAUCAGAAUGAGGGGAGAAAGUCAAACUGGGACACAACCGACUUCUCUGCCCAGCAGGAAGUAAAACAUAAAUAAAAAACGGGGUAGAAUAAGAAGUGCCACUGAAAGUGAAUUUUUAUUUUAAUUACACCCUUUAGGCUCAGCUGUAAACAACUGAAAAGCAAAAAAAAAAAAAUCUAGACCGAGUGGUUUUAGGGCUGCACAAUAUUAGAGAAAUAUUCAAUUGUGAUAUUGUUCAAUACUUCUGGAACAUUAACGGUUGCUAUAAAUACACAUUUCCCUCACUCCUCUCUGUCUGGUCAUCACGAUGCUCAAAAUACUCUAUUUUUAGCAGUUUGGUGAGCAUCAUCACUUGAAACAGUAGCUUAUAUUUUUUAGCCAUUUGUGAUUUGAUAGUGUGCGCAUUAAUAUCGCAAUAGCAUUUCAGAAUAUUGUGCAGCCGUAAGUGGCAUGAAGUCAGAUGGUCUGAGCUCAACUUGGACCUAGAGCCUCGCCCAUAAGAGAACUGCACUUCUAUCUGACAUUUCCGUCCUCCAGAGUCCACUCAGCCAACAGCGCCAUUGUGAGGAUUUAAACUGGAUCAAAAACCUGAAGAAAACCUUUUACCAAGAAAAACGGGAAAACGUAUGGAUGGUAUGGCUCACAUUCUUCAAUAGGCUUUUGACUCCGACCCCGAUGGCCCGUUCUGAAACGUUUUUUUCAUUGAAUGUGACUUGUGUGUCCUUCGUGUCUGGACAAGGGUUUUGGUUGGCUGCGCCUGCGGAUUAUGGGAGUAUAAAUACAGAGCCUUGCACAUUGGACAUGAUCAAUCAAUACAAACCAGGGCAGACAUCAUUAUAAAAAAAAAAAUAUUGGGAUCACAACUGAGUCGAUGUGGAUUACAAAAUGGAGAAGAUGGGAGGACGAUGGAACAUACGAGUCCAUACAUUCCUAAAAAGACCGUGCUGCAUGUCGGAUAAUGGAAACGACUGAAUAAUCCUAAUGGGUGCAUAAGUGAGCGUGCAUUAAUGGAAAAAAAAGACCGUUUGAGAGCACAAGUGCAUUUGAAUGUCUGCGAGGGGCCAAUCCAGCCCGACUCCAUUGAUGUACAAAAUGUUUAGUGCUUUCUGGACAUGCUGUUGGAAGGAGGAAUAUGCACAUUUAUGAUACGAGGUGGUCUAUACAAACUGAAGUGCAUUGUUGAGAGGCUUGACGGUGGCCAUUAGAUACAUUCAGUGACAUAGCAUGGUGAGAGAGCAUCGACUGGUAAAGACAAGUCCAUCUUUCCAACUCAUUUUGUGCGAGUUUAGAUUUCUUUGUGCCACAUGGGUUCAAACCAAACUGGUGAAUGUCAGAGAGAAAGCAAGAACAGAAUCAUCAUGCUCACUAAAACAAACAAAAUAAAUCAUUUGAAGAUUCUUAUGGACUCCAGAGACUCAAACUAUCAAAGAAAAAAUAAGAAAACUUGAAAGUACAUAUAUAUAUAUGGUCUAUAUAUAAAAUGUUACUUGUUGCACCACGUGUUUCUGUUUUUCAGUUUUAUGGGAAAUGAUCGUAGGAUCAUUCGCAAAAAAAAA